AUGUCUAAAUCACCAUACAUCCCUCCAGAAGUGAAGGCAUAUAUUGAACAAUACAAAAUUGAGGAUAUCAUUAAGGAUGCAGUCAACACAAUCCUCUCCUAAAAACCAGCCGAUCCCUAUACGACAUUAUCUCAAUAUUUUGGAAAAAUUCAGUUAUCAACUCCUGUGAUUGAAUUAGACAAAAUUACUGGUUUAGAAGUCUUAAACAAUGAGUUAAAAUCAACUAUCCAAUUGAUAUUCACAGUCUAAUUCAAAAACCAGAAACUUCAUUUCAAUUCCCCACUUUACUUUUCUUAGGCUUUCUCAGAAUAAGAGAUAUUUUAUGACGACGAAUAGAAAAACAUGAAGUAAGCAAUCUAAGAGAUAGAAAAGGUUUCUCUCUAAUUAAGAGGAAAAAAGUCAAAAGAUUAAAAAUAGGUUGAUGAUAAUUUAUUGAAAUAUCUUACUGAACAUCCAAAUCGUAUUAACGUUAUUCAAUAAAUUUCUUUUAGUUUACUUCCUUUACAUGCUCACUUUAUGAAUUAAAGUUUAUCAAAAUUACUUUGCUAAUAAUUUAACACCUAAGAAGCUAAAACACCUAAGAUUUUUCUCAAUCUACUAUAAGGCAGUAAAUUAGUGGGUUCUAAGUGUAAAAUUUAUAAGUUUUUAUUAAUCUGUGAUGGAGAAGGAGCAGUGCAAAAAAUCUAGAAUGUUGUUAACAAUGUCAAAAAAACUAUUAUUUCAGGAAAAAAAGGAGAAGCUGGCCUUUAAUAUUAUUAAGAUGGAACUUUUAUAUGUCCUGGUGAUACAAUUCCAGAUAAUCUGAAGAUCAUAGAAUAAGCAAUAGAUGCAGCAUAAUUGAAGGAUUAAGUUUAGCUAGGUUUGGUUUGGUUAGCUGAACUAUUUUAUGUUCCUGAAGAAAAGAAAUACGACUUAGACAAUCCAAAGAAAUUAUUAGAUGCAGAUUAAUUGAUAGAUUAUUAUUUCAAAUUAUGUCAAGAAAAACCAAAUAUAGUUUAUUUGGAGGAUCCUAUUCAUCAUUCUGAUAUUGUGGGGUGGACUAAAAUUACUAAUAAAUUUAAAGACUCUAAGGUUAAAUUAGGAAGCAGAAGAUUAUAUUCAAAUAUUGAAAAGGCAAAGAAGCAUUGUGAAGUGUUGACUUUAUAAACAAAUCCAGAAUUGAGUGAGUAGUAGAUAAACCAGAUGAAUAACGAAAGAAUAAAUAUAGAUUACAUUUAUAAGCCUCUUUAUGAAUACAAUACGUUUACAGAGUUAUAAAAUCAUCUGAGCUAUUUGAUUUCAAAAAAAUCUACAUUACAAUUUAUUAUUGGGGAUUCACUUGUAGAUACUGAAGACUCUUACUUCAUAGAUGUUGCUUUUUCCCUUCCUAAUUCUAAUAUUAAUAUUGGCCCACCUAUUAAAUAUGAAAAAAUUGUUAAAUACAAUAAGUUUCUAAAAUUAUGCCAUGAAAGUGAUUGA